GUGACGUAUAAGAUGUUUACGAGUAGUGAUGUUGAAGCAAAUGCUUUGUGUACUGCAGCAGCUCCCUUUGUAUUUCAACACGCUUAUCGUCGUGGUGAAGAAACAGUAUGCGUUUAUGUAAGCUCAUAUCGUUGCGAUGAUGAUGAAUUUGUUGUGGAGAACCGGUGCUUCAAGCUGUUUGGCCUUAACGAAAGAUUUUCUGGUGAUGUUUGCAAAAGAAGGAAUAGAACUUUACAUGUGAUACAAGACAUGGACGAGUUAAAGUGGAUUUCUGUUAUUUUGUCACCGAUUGCUUAUGAAGUGUGGAUAGGAAAUGAUGCUGGAGUUGGAUCAAUUUUGCGACCAGUUUUUGCUGGUGAACAAAGUAAAAAUACUGAAGGAAUGAAGAUCAAGUUGCGUGUAAGCAAUGGCUUUUUCGACCGUUGGCCAAGAGGGACACUUAUCUAUGGGAGUCCUGAAGAAGAAAUUCUCCCUCAUUUAUGUUCAAGGCCAGCACAAGCAUAUGAAGAUACAUUGAGAGACCUAAUGGACAAUAUUGGAAGAACAGGUGUUCCGGUUAAUCAAGGGAAAGACCGAUUUGGAGGGACAAGGGCAUUUUCUUAUCAUCCGGUUAUGCUAGCAGUGCAAGGCCAAGGAAAGUUGGAGCCUAAAUUGGAAUUGCUGCAUACAUUUUGCAAUAUGCUUCCCAAUGGAUAUGCCGCCUCUGAAUAUGACUUCCAAGAUUUACGAGAAUAUAAGAGUUUUCGGCGCAAAGAAAAUAUGCCAAAAGUGAGCUUUCGCACCACAAUCGGACGAGCCUCAUCAUUUAAAGAGCAUAGAAAAGAAUGUGUUCCUGAACCAAAUUCUAACAAACUUGGAAAGAAAUUUCUCUAUUAUGGGUCGGAUAAUACUACGAGCAUAACCGAGCAGAAAUUUUGGAGACGUAACAAACCCGAUUUUAUGUGCGCUGAUCUUCCAAGAACUACUGGAGUGAUGACGACGGAGGGUUUUGAGGAUAUGCCAGCUAUGGCACGACGUCCUUUGCUUUGCACAUUCGGAAAUCCACCAAAUCUUCCUCCUCUAAAACUCAGUGACCUAUGCAACAAGGCAGCCCAUUAUGAUCAGGCAAAGGGAAGAUGUGUUUGUAACAAUGAAAAAAAUGAUGCCAGGAUCCUGGAUCCCAAAAAAUAUAAACAUUAUCCGGAGGGUGCCGUUUGCAUAGAAUAUGUGAACACGACCAAAACUAGAUCUAUUGUGUUUAUCUUAGAUAAUACUGGUAGUGUUGGGCAAGAGGGAUUUAAAACACAAAUGCAGUUCAUGAAGAAAGUUUUCGAUAAUAUCAAGAAUAUCAGAGUUGGAGUUGUAGUGAUAGAAGGGCAUUCCCGAGUAGUUUUCAGCAUGAGCUGGUAUGAUGAAAUCAAAAGCAAGAUCGCAGAUUAUGUUAACUCGGCGAAAUGGGGUAAUAAGUGGACAGCUAUUGGUGUGGCAAUCUAUAAAGCUCGCAUCAUGCUAGAGAACGAAACGACAAAUGAAAAAAUUAUUGUUCUCAUCUCUGAUGGUGACAAUGAUGCAUGUUUUUGGAAUGAUCCAGCAGAAAAUUGUGACCGGAAGAAGAAAGAUGAAAUAAAAAAACACCCACAAGCGCAGGAAGCAGAAGAGGCACGCAAGAGAUCGAUAAAAAUUAUAUAUGUUCUUGCCCAUGAAAAAAAGUAUGACACAGAUCCGGCAUCGAAGGCGAGAGUGCAUAAGAUAGUUGCGAGCACCGAUGACAUAAUUAGAUCAAAGAAUUACAAUUCAUUAAUGGAACGAAAGAUUUUUGAAAAUCUAAUGGCGAUCAUUGCCGUAGAGGAAGUUUGAGAAGUUGCAG